CUGUGCGGCGCCAUAUUUAAUACAUCCGAUGCUAGCCACCUUUAGCUGUUUACUGACAGAAACUUUAAACUGCACACGGAAAGGUUCAACAAGCCCUUGUUUUUCUCCAAAAUGAAUGCAGUGGAUCAUGUUCGGGAUAUGGCUGCAGCCGGCCUUUACUCCAAUGUCCGCAUAUUGAGCAGUUUGUUGCUGACGAUGAGUAAUAAUAACCCAGAGCUGUUCUCACCGGCCCAGAAGUACCAGCUGCUGGUUUACCAUGCUGAUGCCAUCUUCCAUGACAAGGAAUACCGCAAUGCUGCCUGUAAAUACAGCAUGGCUCUGCAGCAGAAGAAGGUGCUCAACAAAACAUCCAAAGUUCGAACCUCAACUGGUGGAGCUGCUGCCAACAUCCAGGCACAGAGUUUGCCGUCAGAAAUCGAGGUAAAGUACAAGAUAGCUGAAUGCUACACCAUACUGAAACUGGAUAAAGACGCUAUCGCUGUUCUGGACGGGAUCCCAUCAAGACAAAGGACUCCAAAGAUCAACAUGAUGCUGGCUAACCUGUACAGGAAAGCCGGUCAGGAACGUUCGGCCGUGACCAGCUACAAAGAGGUGCUCAGACAGUGUCCGCUCGCCUUGGACGCCAUAAUCGGUCUUCUCUCUCUGUCGGUGAAAGGAGCGGAGGUCUCCUCCAUGACCAUGGAUGUGAUCCAGAAUCUCCCCAACCUGGACUGGCUCUCUGUGUGGAUCAAAGCGUACGCCUUCAUCCACGCCGGGGACAACCAGAGAGCCAUCAACACCAUCUGCUCUCUGGAGAAGAAGUCGCUGCUGCGGGACAACGUGGACCUCCUGGUGAGCCUGGCCGACGUCUAUUUCAGGGCAGGCGACACCAAGAACGCCAUUCUGAAAUUUGAACAAGCUCAGAUGCUGGACCCGUACCUCAUCAAAGGUAUGGAUGUUUACGGCUACCUGAUGGCCCGGGAGGGACACCUGGAAGACGUGGAGGUCCUGGGAGGACGGUUGUUUAAUAUUUCCGACCAACACGCUGAACCCUGGGUGAUCUCUGGCUGCCACAGCUUUUACAGCAAGCGCUACUCCAGAGCCCUCUACCUGGGGGCCAAAGCCAUCCAGCUGAACAGCAACAGCGUCCAGGCCCUCCUCCUGAAGGGGGCAGCACUGAGGAACAUGGGCCGAGUUCAGGAGGCCAUCAUCCACUUCAGAGAGGCCAUGCGGUUAGCGCCUUGCAGGCUGGACUGCUAUGAAGGUCUGAUCGACUGCUACCUGGCGUCCAAUGGGAUUCGAGAAGCGAUGGGGAUGGCGAACAAUAUCUAUAAGACUCUGGGGGCCAACGCACAGACUCUGACCAUCCUGGCCACGGUGUGCCUGGAAGACCCGGUGACUCAGGAGAAAGCCAAAGCUCUGCUGGACAAGGCCCUCGCUCAGAGGCCCGACUACACCAAGGCUGUGGUGAAGAAGGCUGAGCUGCUCAAUCGGGAACAGAAAUACGAAGAAGGGAUCGCGCUCCUGCGGAAUGCGCUGGCCAAUCAAAGCGACUGCGUCCUGCACAGAAUGCUGGGAGAUUUCCUGGUGGCAGUCAAUGAUUAUCAAGAGGCUAUGGACCAGUACAGCAUCGCUUUGAGCUUGGAUCCUAAUGACCAGAAGUCGUUGGAAGGCAUGCAGAAAAUGGAGAAGGAGGAGAGCCCCACGGACGCCACGGUGGAGCUGGACGGCGACGACAUGGAGGGCAGCGGGGAGGACGGCGAUCUGGAGGGCAGCGACAGCGAAGCGGCUCAGUGGGCCGACCAGGAACAGUGGUUCGGGAUGCAGUGA